AUGGAGAAUGAUUAUAGGGUGAAUAUUGUUUCUCUCGAGAUGGAUCGCGGUGCCGCGGAGGCGGAGGCGGAGGCAUCGGUUGAGUCGACUCUAUCGAACUCGCUCGAGUCCGGUAUUACGGUUGAGAGCUCGCGUGGCGAUGCUGAUUCGAAACUGGAUGAAUGUGCUGCAGCUGCUUGGACGAAUGAGAAACACAACUCGUACCUUGAUUACUUAGAGAACUCCUUUGUUAAGCAGUUGUACUCCUUACUUGGAGAAGAGGCUCAGAGAGUGUCUACAACUCGUGAUGUGCAGUCCAAAUCUCACAAAUCGACUGAUCAGUUUACCGUCCUACAGAAUGGAUGCUGGCAGAAGGUUAACUUUGGAAAGAAACGAGUUCGAUUAGAGACGUCAUCUGAGUUUCAGUCUCAGAAAAGUUCACCGAGAAGCAACCCUGAAAUUCCCACUGGACAUGUAUUGUGCAACGAGGAAAUAAAAAACUCCGGUGCUAAGGCUUUUACUAGAACAUCCAUGAGAUGUUCUUUGGGGCAUGAGUAUCCAGCUCAAAGCAGUGCAGAGGCGUCAGGGCAGAAUUUCAGUGGAGAAGAAGAAGAGAAGGGACGUAAUUCAGAGGUGUGCAGAAAACGCAAAAGAGAAGCGAAUUUUGAUGAUAGUUCACUGAAUGAUCAGGUUGUGCCGUAA